CCGGCUUCGUGCCCGCUGCGGGCACCGGCUCUUCCUCCCGGGCACUGCAUCUCACGGAGGCUUUUCCUCCCUGCAGUUCCCUGGAUGGCCCUGCACAGAGCCCGGCUGAGGAUGGGGGUCUCUGGAGUCACCGCCGGGGGGGUGUGGGCAGGGGCUGGCACUGCCAGACCGCAGUGUCGGGGCGUGGGUGUGAUGGGGAGCGGGGACACCGCGCGCUGCCGCGGGCACUGCCGGGCACUCAGGCCGCGCUCUCGCUCAGAGCCAGCGCCGUCCCAAAUUGCAGAUGGCGAUAAAAAAUUAAUUGCGGGAUUCUGCUGCACGUGGCAGGAGCGGGGACCAGCGGCGGCUCCUUCCCUCCCUCCCUCCUUCCCUGCCAGCCGCUGGAGCUCUGCACUGGCUGCCCGCGGACACCUCGCGCUCCUGCCCGCAAGGUGAGCUGUGAGCUGCUGCUGCUCUCUCUCCGCUUGCUCCGGGGCUGGAUCCUGCUCGCCUUCCCCCCCUGCCGCGCCAUCCCAUCCUUCAAAGUGAGGGAUUAGCCCUGACCUGCUUGGCAGCGGGAGGGAGGCGGAAGGAGAGGGCUUGCUGCAGUUAAGGACGUGUAUAAAUAUGGGGUGAUGAAUGUUCCCUGGGUCUCGUCUGCGCCCUGUGGCAGCACUUUGGGUUGGACUUCAGCAUCCUUCAGGAGAUGCUCCGGGGCACUGAGGUGGGUGGUCAUACCCAGCUUUUCCCCACCACGGGGCUCUGAGCUGGGUGCUGGCAGGACCUGGUUGCAGAGAGGACGAGUUGGCACUUUGAUGAUCUCAGGCUUGUGCGAGCAUUGUGCUAUCGGUUCAUGCAUCGAUUGAGGGGUUGCUGGGGCAGGGGCUGUGUUUUGGAGCUCACUGGGGGAUUUGGAUGGCACAAUCUGGGGUCUCUGCUCUCUGCUGCCUGCUGAGCCGUGGCCUUGCUUCUCCGAGCGGACUCCGGGGUACUGGACCUGAAUACUUAAGGUUUUGCCUGUCGGGAGAGAACUUAACCUGGCAUCCCCUCCCUCUGUCCACGUCUCAAUUCUGCUCUACUUCAUGGAGCUUUUGCAAUUAAAAAGACCAGGAGCCAAGCAAAGUACCCUGUAGCUGCUUGCAAGCGGGAAGAGUGAGUGUACACUAAUUGGGAUAUUGUGCUGCCUGCUGGCUGGCCCUGCUUGCUGGAGGAAGAGCAGGUGGGGAAAGAAAUAGCCUUGAUUUUCAAAAAGAUGCUGUGGAGCUGGUAGGAACCAGCGUGGCUUAAGCUGGCACAGCCCUCCCAGUGCCAGGGCUGGGCUGGAAUCUCUGGUGCUGGUGGAGCUGGGCUCGUUGGCAGCUGGGGAUGGGUGCAGGUGAGUGCUGGGUGCUCUUGGCCGAUUAUUGCUGCAUCUCCUGGGCUGUGACCAGCUCAGCUGCUGCUGGGUUUAACGAGCCCCAGAAAAUGCUCUGGCUUUGAGCUGGGAGAUGAUGGAUCCUGCUGCAGGCAGAGCUCUGGGGAGUGGGGUCUGUCCCGAGUGUGUCCCCCACAGUCCAGCCCGGGCAGUGCUGCAGGGAUGUGCAGGAGGAGCUGUGUGAAGGAGCCACAGAGGGGAUGCCUGGGGUGGCUGGUUGCUCCUCCAGGCACUGGAGAGGGUUUUGCAGCAGGAGAUCUCUGUGAUGUGGGGGAAUUUUUAAUCGGAGUUUGAUUUAAUGGAAUCACAGAAUGGUUCGGGCUGGAAGGGACCUUAACGCUCACCCAGUUCCAGCCCUUGAAAUGGGCACGGACACUUUCCACUAGACCAGGUCGCCCAAGAGGGGCUGGCCUGCCCAGCUGAGCCCUCUCCUGUUCCUUGCAGGGCCCUCGGUGGCUGACGGUGCCGGUGGCCCGGUGGCCACCACUAGAGGGGAGCAGGAUGCCACCGUGCUGCCCGGCCCGUGUCCGGGGCGCCGGGACCCGCAGGGCUCUGCCUGUCCUGGGGCAGCAGCACCGGCUCCCUCUGCCCUGGCACUGCCCAGCCCACCCUGGCUCGGGCAGGGGAUGACCCACACCCGGGAGAUCUCGGUUUGCUUGGUGCUUGUGCCACCUCCCAGGCCGGGCUGCGGCACAGCUGGGAUGAGGGCGAUGGGAGGGCUCUGUCCUCACUGAUGCUGUGCUGGUGGAAGUAGGAGAAAGCAGAAUUUCUCCUUCCUUCAGGCUGGGGUAAGCACCAUGGUGAGUGGUGAUCCCACCCUGUUGUUGCCACCCUCGUGGUGCCCCUGUGGAGCCGUGCAGGUGGAACAGGAGGGUGGCUGUGGCCCCUUGCAGCCCAGUGUGUGUGGGUAAGGAUGUUCCCUGCUCCGUGAGCACCUGCUGUGGGCAGGUGUCUUCCUCCAGAUGUGCACCUCCCUCCAGAUGUGCCCCUGGUGGAGCAGCUGCUUUGGGGAGGCUCAGGCAUGGUGGAACCAAGGUCUGGGCUGUGUGGGAGCAGUGAGCUGUGUGUGGCUGAGGAGCUGCUGGGGACAGGUGGGGGGGACAGGGGUGCUCAUCUGUCACCCCUUGGAGCAGGGGCUCAUCGGGUAACUCCGGCUCCAUCUCCCCCGUGAGGGAUCCGAACCAGCUCCCUCCUCCUCUCCCCAUUAUUUGUGCUUUCUUCUUGCCUGCCGUGAUAUUUUUACCUUCAGUUCGUUCAGAUUAUAUGAUCAAAGGAGCCACAAAGGGGAGAGAACAGAGAGGGAAAACGCUUAAAAGAAGAAAGGGAAAGGCAGUGGGCUCUGGGGGCACUGCCAGCUCUGCGGGAGCUGCCGUGGGCUCUGAGGGUUUUCCUGGGAGCAGCUCCAUGGUGUGAGCAUCCCACCUUUGAUGGGCAGAAGUGUUGCAGCUCCAGGGAUGAGGGUGGGAGAGCUGACCUGCUUUUGCCUGGUGCGGGGCUCUGUGGUGUCUGAGCAUCCCUUCAUCUCCCCAUCCUCCUCCUCAGCACGGGCAGAGCCUGACCCGCUCCCAGACCGUGCAGGAGCCUCAUUCCCCUGCUCUGUGCCCACUGGUGAUGCGUGGUGUGGUCCUUGCAGGGGAACAGAACCAUGCAGAGGUCUGAUCCCUGUCCCUGAUCCCCAUCCGAGCUGGGCUCUCCCGGCAGGCUGGGGCGGGGGUUUUGCUGCAGCAUUCCCAACCUCCUGCCUUUGGAAGCACGGAGCCGGGCACCGGGUAAUUCUGGUUCCUUAAAAGCCCCGGCUGUCAGAAUCGCUUUGGAGAUGGGCCUUCAAGCAGCUGCGGCGGGCGGGGAGGUGCAUAAUUUAUGGAGGUCUCCGGAGGAAGGACCCGAAGCUUUGCGUGGGCUCGUGGCUCUGCUGCUGCCUCUCCUUUCCGGUGUAGCCAUGCAGACCCCAGCACCCUCCUGCAUCCCGGCCUCCCGCUGCUCCCCCGGGGCCGGCAGCAGCGUGGGGCGCCGCUGACGGAGCGGGAGCGGGAUCCCUCCGGAGCCAUGCCGCCCGCCCAGCCCAGCCCGGCCCCCUGAGCGCCGCCUUCCCGGCCCGAGCUCUGCCCCAGCACGGCCUUGGCGAUGAGCGGGGGUCACUUUUGCAUGGAGCGUUUGUCCUUCUGCCUCCUCCUGAGUGCCUGGAGCUGGGGGUGGGCGCCCGGCGGUGCUGCCAAGCCCAAAGGCCAGGGCUACCCGCACAUGAACUCCAUCCGCAUCGACGGCGACAUCACGCUCGGGGGGCUCUUCCCCGUGCACGGCCGGGGCGCCGAGGGCAAAGCCUGCGGGGAGCUGAAGAAGGAGAAGGGCAUCCAUCGCCUGGAGGCCAUGCUCUUCGCCCUGGACCGCAUCAACAACGACCCCGACCUGCUGCCCAACAUCACGCUGGGCGCGCGCAUCCUGGACACGUGCUCGCGGGACACGCACGCCCUGGAGCAGUCGCUGACCUUCGUGCAGGCCCUCAUUGAGAAGGACAGCACCGAGGUGCGCUGUGUCAGCGGGGGACCCCCCAUCAUCACCAAGCCCGAGCGGGUGGUGGGCGUCAUCGGCGCCUCGGGCAGCUCCGUGUCCAUCAUGGUGGCCAACAUCCUGCGGCUCUUCAAGAUCCCUCAGAUCAGCUACGCCUCCACGGCGCCGGACCUGAGCGACAACAGCCGCUACGACUUCUUCUCGCGCGUCGUCCCCUCGGACACCUACCAGGCCCAGGCCAUGGUGGACAUCGUCAAAGCCCUCAAGUGGAAUUACGUCUCCACCUUGGCCUCCGAGGGCAGCUACGGUGAAAGCGGGGUGGAGGCCUUCAUCCAGAAGUCCAGGGAGGAUGGCGGGGUCUGCGUGGCCCAGUCCGUGAAGAUCCCGAGGGAGCCCAAGCCGGGGGAGUUUGACAAGAUCAUCCGCCGGCUCCUGGAGACCUCGCACGCCCGCGCCGUCAUCAUCUUCGCCAACGAGGACGACAUCAGAAGGGUGCUGGAGGCGGCCAAGAGGGCGAACCAGACGGGGCACUUCAUCUGGAUGGGCUCAGACAGCUGGGGCUCCAAAAUUGCCCCCGUCCUGCACCUGGAGGAGGUGGCCGAGGGCUCUGUCACCAUCCUGCCCAAGAGGGUCUCAGUCAGAGGUUUCGACCGCUACUUCUCCAGCAGGACCCUGGACAACAACCGCAGGAACAUCUGGUUUGCCGAGUUCUGGGAGGAGAAUUUCCACUGCAAGCUGAGCCGGCACGCGCUGAGGAAGGGCAGCAGCAUCAAGAAAUGCACCAACCGGGAGAGGAUCGGCCAGGACUCCUCGUAUGAGCAGGAGGGGAAGGUGCAGUUCGUCAUCGACGCCGUCUACGCCAUGGGACACGCCCUGCACAACAUGCACAAGAACCUGUGCCCCGGCAAGGUGGGGCUGUGCCCCCGCAUGGACCCCGUGGACGGCGUGGAGCUGCUCAAGUACAUCCGCAACGUCAACUUCUCAGGCAUUGCUGGGACUCCUGUGACAUUCAAUGAGAACGGAGAUGCUCCAGGGCGUUACGACAUCUACCAGUACCAGAUCAGGAACUCCACCCCUGAGUACAAAGUCAUCGGGCAGUGGACAGACCACCUGCACCUCAAGGUGGAGAACAUGCUGUGGCCGGGGGGCGGGAGCCAGCAGCCCAGCUCCAUCUGCAGCCUGCCCUGCAAGCCGGGAGAGAGGAAGAAGCUGGUGAAGGGCAUCCCCUGCUGCUGGCACUGCGAGCGCUGCGACGGCUACCAGUACCAGCUGGACGAGUUCCACUGCAAGCGCUGCCACUUCAACGAGCGGCCCAACGAGAACCACACCAGCUGCACGCCCAUCCCCAUCAUCAAGCUGGAGUGGAGCUCGCCCUGGGCCGUGGUGCCCGUGUUCAUCGCCAUCGUGGGCAUCAUCGCCACGCUGUUCGUGGUGAUCACCUUCGUGCGCUACAACGACACGCCCAUCGUCAAGGCGUCGGGGCGGGAGCUCAGCUACGUCCUGCUCACGGGCAUCUUCCUGUGCUACGCCACCACCUUCCUGAUGAUCGCCGAGCCCGACCUCAGCACCUGCUCGCUGCGCCGCAUCUUCCUGGGGCUGGGCAUGAGCAUCAGCUACGCCGCGCUGCUCACCAAGACCAACCGCAUCUACCGCAUCUUCGAGCAGGGCAAGAAGUCGGUGAGCGCCCCGCGCUUCAUCAGCCCCGCCUCGCAGCUGGUCAUCACCUUCAGCCUCAUCUCCCUGCAGCUCGUCGGCGUCUGCAUCUGGUUCAUCGUGGACCCGUCCCACUCUGUCAUUGACUACGAGGACCAGCGGACUACAAACCCCCACUUUGCCCGGGGCAUCCUCAAAUGUGACAUUUCGGACCUGUCCCUCAUCUGUUUGCUCGGGUACAGCAUGCUCCUCAUGGUCACCUGCACUGUGUACGCCAUUAAGACCCGCGGGGUCCCGGAGACCUUUAACGAAGCCAAGCCCAUUGGGUUCACCAUGUACACGACUUGCAUUGUGUGGUUAGCCUUCAUCCCGAUAUUUUUUGGGACGUCGCAGUCGGCGGAAAAGAUGUACAUCCAGACCACGACGCUGACCAUCUCGGUGAGUCUGAGUGCCUCGGUGUCCCUGGGCAUGCUCUACAUGCCCAAGGUGUACAUCAUCCUCUUCCACCCGGAGCAGAACGUCCCCAAGCGCAAGAGGAGCCUCAAGGCCGUGGUGACAGCGGCCACCAUGUCCAACAAGUUCUCCCAGAAGGGAGGGUUCCGCCCCAACGGAGAGGCCAAGUCGGAGCUCUGCGAGAACCUGGAGACGCAAGCACUGGCCACCAAGCAGACCUACGUCAGCUACAGCAACCACGCCAUUUAGCUCCAGGAGCAGCAAACAGGAGGGAGCUGAGCCUGGCAGGGACAGCACCACAGGACAGGCAGGUGGCAGCCAGGGGACACACCCCAGGGCAGAAUCCUGGGGGAAAACGCCAUCAACAGCAGCAAAAAAAUCCAUAAAGAAACACAAAAACUCUUCCAGCGCCCACGGUGGCGAUGCAUGGCUCCCACGGAGGGGGGACGGAGCACGGGCAAGAGGGCACGGACUUCAGCAAGUCUUUGGGUUUUGUUUUUUUCCUGUAUUUUGGCAAAAAAGAGGAAAAAAAAAAUAAGAGCCCCAGCAUUUUCCCUUUUCUGGAAUUUGUGAGAUUGUUUGUGGUUGUGCAGAGCCUUCUGUUUUCUCUUUUUAUUUUUUUUUAAUCCUCCUUUUUCUUUCGUUCCUGUCUUCCUCCGUCCCUCUUCACUCUCUACCCCCCAUAUCCUACCAAAUUCUAUAUGUUGCAAAAAGGAAAAAUAAAUAAAAAUACUUAAAAUUUACAUUAAAAAAAAGACAGACAGCAAAAUAAAAUAAAAUAAAACCUAGACUGUGUUCAAAGUGCUGAUUUCUAUAGGUGGUUCCUUAAUGUAUGUGAUGACCAUAUGGAUUGAAAUAUGUCUGCUUUAUGUACUGACCAGUCAAAAAACAAAAACACACAAAAAAACAAAGUUCAGUGCCUGGAUGUUUAUGAAUUAUUCGAUGACUGUGUAGAGCAUGAUCAUUUUUAUACGAGGAGAAUUUCUAAUAAAAGACCCUGGUUUUGCACUCGG